CUAUUGCUUCUCAGUUCCCAGUUGACAAUCGAACGAAGCGAAAUGCUAAAGCUGCUGAAGCGGAACUUCGGGAUAUUACUACUGCUAGUGGUGACCUUGGCCAGGUGUGACUCAAGUGAGGAUUCCCACGUGCGAGUGAAGCGUAUUGUGGGCGGCAAGCAGUCCAAGCCUCCGCCCGUCGAUGAUCCGGUGGUGUUUGCACGUCUCUUCAAUCGGGAUGCCCGGGUGGAGGGCUUCCGGAAUCCCACUACGGGUAUAUACAGUUUCUUGGGCGUCCACUACGCCGAGCCCCCGGUCGGCCCGCUGCGGUAUUCCCGUCCGGUUUACAAGCGACUCGCUGGGGAUAUGAAUGCCACGCGUCACGGUCCACCGUGCAUCCAACCGCAUCCCCAGCAGCCCCAGAGAAUCAUCGGAGAUGAGGAUUGCUUGCUCCUCAAUAUUUACACUCCCCAGAUGCCGGAUGAGGGCACGGGUCUGCCCGUCUUCGUGUGGAUUCAUCCGGGCGGCUAUCGCUUCGGCUCCGCCGCUCAGUACGACGCCACGCCCAUGGCCCAGAGGGGCGCCAUUGUGGUGGCUCCCCAGUACCGGCUGGGAUCACUGGGAAUUUUAGGUGAUGGCACGAAGCAGUUCGACGGAAACCUGGCCAUGUUCGACCUGGCAGCUGCCCUCCGCUGGGUCACCGACUACAUCAGCUACUUCGGAGGCAAUCCCAAGCAGGUCCAGGCCAUAGGCCAUGGCUCGGGAGCGGCCAGUGCCAUGUAUCUGUCCAUGUCCAAGUCGGCCAAGAGCGGUGGCGAUGUCCACGGCGUGGUGGCCAUGUCGGGAACAGCUCUCUCCCAGUAUGCUAUGGACAAGGAGCCGGUCCAGAGUGUCCAGGAGGUGGCCAAGAUCAAUGGAUGUCCCACAGGCAAUGAGCUGGAGAUUGUCAAGUGCAUGAGGGGGAAAAGUGCCGUGGAAAUCAUUCAAAAUGAUGACAAAGUCCAGACUGAACGCUUGGCGGGCAGGGCUCUCGUCAAAGGACUCACUGGCAACGUGGGCUUCCAGCCGCAUGUGGAGUCGGAGGACGAUGGUCGCGGACUGCCCAGUAUUAUCAUUGGAGAGCCAGAGCAACAGCUCAAUGACUCUAACUUCAAAGGCAUUCCUCUGCUGACAGGAGUCACGAAACACGAGACGGCCAACUCGGUGUCGGUGGAAACAAUCGACAAAGUCUUUGGAUCGGCGGAGCAGUUUCUGGGCUCCCUCAGCGAUUCCCUCAACAAGCUGACCAGUUUUCUUAAAAUAGACAAGCUAACUGGGGAAAUAGCUAAACCUCAACUUCCGGGACUUACUAGUGUCUUAACUCCCACACUGCAAGACGUUUGGAAAGUGCCACAAACCCUCAAUUUGGAUCAGGUUCUCUCGAAGGUGGUAGAGUCCACGACGGAUGUCCUUUUCAACUUGCCCGCCGUCCUGACCACCCAGGUUUGGUCCAAGCUGGCUCCCGCCUUUAUGUACAGCUUCGAGUACAAUGGCACCAAGUCCAAGGGCAUCAACUUCCUCCGGGGCCUGCCGAUUGUUUCGGAAUCUGCGAAUGACAAGCCGGAGACAGUGGCUCAUGGCGACGAAAUAGGUUACAUGUUCGAUGCCAACGAUAUUUUUGGGAAUCCCCUGGAGGGGACCCGCCUGACCAGCUCUGAGGAUCUCAAAGUGCGCCACAACCUCAUCGAUCUCCUGGUUCAGUUUGCCAACAGAGACAAGGACAAGGGCAACAAGAGCGGGUCAUCCCUUUUCCAGAGUGUCACGGGAAAGGCAACUCCUUUCAUAAAGAUCGACACCAAGCUGGAGACCUCUAAUGACUUCCGUUUCUGCGAAUUGUCCGUUUUGGGUGCCUCCCUCUCGCCCUUGAGCUCCACGACCUGUGAGGGAUUGGGCAACGUCCUGGGCCAGCUGGGCGGUGGAUUGGGUCAGACUGUGGGCGGAUUGGGUAACACUUUGGGCUUGGGCGGCCUUGUCGGAGGAGGCGGUGGAGGUGGGUCUCGUGGAAGUAGUCCUGCAAAAGGCAAGAGACCUGGUGGUCUUGGAUUGGGGAUUUUGUGAGGACCUUACAUUGAAAUUUAAUGAUUUUUGAAGAAGAUAUUUUAAUAAAGAAAAUAAGAGUUUAUAGAAGUAUA